CUCCUCAUCUAUCUUAUAACUCUGACUGGGAACCUUCUCAUCCUUCUCCUGAUCUUCACUGAUUCCCAUCUUCACACCCCCAUGUACUUCUUCCUUGGAACCCUGGCAUGUCUGGAUAUGAGUCUCUCCUCAGUCACUGUCCCAAGAAUGCUCUUUGAUUUACUCAGAGAAAGAAGAAUCAUUUCUGUACCAGCUUGUAUAACUCAAGUCUUCUUCUUCUUUUUUUUCUGUACAUCUGAGGUGUUUCUGCUGGCAGUGAUGUCCUGUGACAGAUACGUUGCUAUCUGCCGCCCUCUUCACUACAUGCAGAUAAUGAGCUGGAAAGUUUGUGUUCAGCUGGUAUUAAUCUUAUUGGUUAUUGCUGCAGCAUACUCCUUGUUGCAAACUCUUUUUUUAACUAAAUUGCGCUUUUGCAGGCCUGAUGCUUUGCAAAGUUUCUUUUGUGACCUGCCCCAGUUGCUUCAGGUCUCCUGUAGUGACACAUUCAUCAAUGUAUUGCUUAUAUUUCUCUUUGGGAUAUUUGCUGCUUUCUUCAACUACUUUCGCUCAUAUUCAAAUGAUCACUACUCCGGGGACAAAGUGGCUUCUGUAGUUUAUGCAAUAUUAACCCCAUUUGUAAAUCCUAUGAUCUACAGUCUGAGGAACCAGGAGCUCAAAUCAUCUCUUAAAAAAAGCUUUGCCAGGAGUGGAAAUCCAAACUGGACAAAAACAGGUUUAUAG